AUGGUUCACCUCAGAUUGUACUCCUUGGUCAUUGUCGCCCUACUCGUGCUCAUGCAGACGAUUCUAGCAGACUCGCGAAGAAUGCCUGCACACGUCCGAAACCGUCGACAAUUUGGCUUUGGCCCUUUCGGUGGCGGCUUUGGCCCAUUCGGUGGCUUUGAUCCAUUCUUCGGAGGCGGAAUGUGGGGAAAUCCGUUUUUUGGUGGUAUGGGGAUGGGAAUGCCUUUUGGAUAUUGGUAG